AUGAUGGAAUUAACGAGCGAACUCAAGCGUCAUUCAAUCAAACGUUUAUUAACAUUUAUUCACAAUUUAGAACAGAAACUCUCAUCUGUAAAUGGUAUUAACGAAAAAUUACACGAACUUAUCUCUACCGUAACACACACUCAUCAAACAAUUACAAAAGAAUUGAAAACAAUCAAAAACAUCUUUAAAGAGAUACAGUUAGAAGAGAAAGAAAACAGACAAGCGGAUACUGCUGAUAAAAAACCGACACAAUUCGAUUCAAAAUCAGGUCAUUUAAGUGGUAGCGAUCGUAUUUCAUCCUGUUCACCAUCAUCAUAUGGCUCAUCAUCAGCGUCAUCAGGCAUCUCUUCGUCGCUUCAAAAUAUUGAUGAACAAUUAUCGAAAAAUGAAAAAAGCAAACGUUCAUCGAACGUAAAGAAACAUCGUUCAUCAUCUAGAAAUAAGAAUAAAACAGGAAGACAAGUGACUUUCGUCAUAAAUAAUAAUCAUAAUACUGGAGAUGAAACGAUAGUAGAGAACGAACAAAUCACACUGACAAAUACGGAAGAGCAGAAUAAAUCUUAUACUGAUACUUCAGCUAUUAAAGAAAAUAAGAAGACAAAAAACGAAGUCGAUAAUCGAGUAUUUGAACAACCGUAUCCACUUGGACUAAUUGAGAAAAUAACUUUCAGUGAAUCAGCAACGACUGUUAUUCCAACUGAUCAAUCGAAAAAUAGUUUUGACAAAAAUUCAGAUUUAAUAUCUGGUCUAUUCAACCAACAUCGGUCGAACGUAUCGAAAAAACACAAUAUUGGCUACAAAAUGGGAAAUGCUUUGACCAGUGUACGUAUUCAUGAAAUAGAACAGAAUGGUGACUAUCUAAAAUUAUUAAAUGUAUCCAAUUCGGAAGAUUAUGAUUUAAGUAAUCACUUCAUUCAACAAAAUGUGGCAUGCUUACCCACGUGUCGUUUUCGUUUUCCUCCACAAACAGUAAUAAAAGCUGGACAAACAGUAACAAUUUGGUGUGGUCCAAAGAAUAUCGAGCAGCCACCACAUGUUUUUGUUUGGAAACAGCAACGACGUUGGGAAAAUAGUCCAGAAUGUGUCACCAUUUUAGCAAAAUCAAGUGGACAAGCUAUCGCAUGGACACGCAGUUCACAUCGAUUUAAUAAUGAUUCUUCAAAUGACACUCUGUUUGUUCAAUCACAAAGUAAAAGUAUUUCGGAUGCUGAUAGUAUUUCAUCUAUAGCAAAGAAUCGAAGUGAGAAACUGCCCGCGUUUAGUUUUGUUGGUAACAAAUCGCCGUUUACUCAUUCAACAAACAGUUCAAUUCAUCCUAAUCAUUCAAAUCCACUAACACAUGAUAUUCGAAUACAAAUGCAUACACAAUGGCAACUAAAUAAAAACAGAAAUAUGAUGUUAAAACGUCCAAAAAGUUCCCCAUUUGCCAGUCAUAUAGGUUGUAAACAAGAUUUAAUUAGUAUGAAUAUAUUACAAUCAAAAUUAAAACAAAAAGUUUUAAAAACAUGA